AUGGAAGAGAAACCUCCUUGCUGUCAACCACAUGUGGUCAUUGGCCUUGAUGUAGGCACAACGUACUCCGGUGCGUGCAUCGUUGAAGCCAUCAACUGUUUGACGCAUGGACGUCACGAUAUCCUUCAUGCCAAAGUAAUCAGAAAAUUCCCAUCGCUUGUAGCGGUCUCUUUGGGCAAUAAUGGUCCGAAAGCCCGCUUCCUUGGUCCUCGUGAAAAGCCGCACGAUGAUGAAGAGAUCCAGAGAUUUUUCAAAUUCGAUCUUUUCUAUGAGUUUAAUCAAUACGCCGAAGAUACCAGGCUGGUGACUUGGGUGAGAGAAAACGAAGGACACGAGAAGAAGAAGGUGGGAACACAUGAUGCAUUCAGGACCUUUCUCGAGGGUCUCUUUGUUCUUGCUCUUGAGAAAUGCAAGAACAGAAGUGUCCCCGUCACCACUGCAAUCACAUACCCUCGGAAACUCUCUCGCAGCAGUUCCUCAAUAAUCCGGAAUCUUGUCAUCCAUUCCGCCAUCCCAAACCAAUGCAGUACAGUGAUCUAUGGAUCAGAAGCGGAGGCAGCCUUGGCCGGCACAUUCCAGCUUUUGGAGACCCGUGGGCCCAUCGAGACUUCACUCCCUUCUUCCAUCUCCUGCCCCAACUGCCCCGUCUCUGUGUCCCAUGUCUUUGGAUUCUAUUUGGCUUCAGCUGACAUCCCGAAGGAGCCUCUGAUCAUCGCUGACUGCGGCGGUUUAAGCAUU